UGAACAAUUAUUAUUACUGGUUACUGUGAAGAGGAGGUUGGCCGGGAGUUGAUUUGCAAGCCGAAGGUGCUUACUCAUAAUCAGUUGUUAAAUCUCAUGGAUAGCUAGCAGUCAUGAAGAAGUCUGAGUCGUUAGGAUCUGGUAGAAAGUCAAGCACGAGUGGCGUGUCUUCCCACAGCUCAAAUCAGUCAUCACCAGGAGCAAUGCCACAUCCUUCACCAAGUGGAGCAACACCAACAGGCCUAGUCAUAAAUGGCCUGUCGCCAACUUCACCAAAAAGCGAGACACCUCUAAAUGAAGAAUGCCAUUCUGAGCUGCAUUUACAUUGUUUAUCGGUUUUGAAACAGCUCAACGACUUUAGGAACUCCAAUAUCUUAUGUGACGUUACCCUCUGCGUAGAUGGGAGAACUUUUUAUGCGCACAAAAGUAUCCUAGCAUCAUGUAGUCCUUAUUUUAAAGCAAUGUUUUCCACUAAAAUGAAAGAAGCAACGGAAACAAAGCCAGUUAUACUCAAUGACAUAGAAGGACAUAACAUGGAAGAGCUACUAAAGUAUAUUUAUACGGGUGAAAUUGAAUUAAGGAAUGAUAACAUAAGACCGAUUAUAUCCGCUGCAAACUAUUUAUUGAUCACAAGCCUUAAAGAUCGGUGUGUCAGGUUUUUGAAGAAGAUGUUAACACCGGCAAACUGUCUUAGUAUUGAAAACACAGCAGAACAGUAUGACUGCGAAUGGCUAAGAGCAACAGCUACUUCUUAUGUUAAAGAAAAUUUCCUCACAAUUAUACGAGCUGAUGAAUUUAAAGAUCUUCCUGUCGAAAAACUGAUCGAACUUCUGGCCAGUGAUGAAACAAGAGUUGAUCGUGAAGAGCAAGUUUUUGAAGCUUUGAUGUCAUGGAUUAACCACGAUAUUCAUAAAAGGAAACAUUAUUUUGCAGAUUUGGUUGAACAUAUUAGGUUCCCUUUGAUGUCACCUUACUAUUUGAUGGACCAUGUUGAAACUGAAGAUCUUGUCAGAUCAACUCCUGAGUGCAUUGAUCUACUGCUAGAAGCCAAAAACUAUCACAUGCUUCCAGAUAGAAGAUGGCAGCUGAAGAGUAAGCGUACUACUCCAAGGGCAUCAAUGGGUAUCGUCAAUGGUGUUAUUGCAGUUGGUGGAAUCCAGGGUACAUCGGUGGUUGCAUCAACCUCAUGCUACCUUCUUUGUGCCAACCAGUGGUUUGUUCUGGCAAAAAUGAACACUCCAAGAUGCAGGCAUGGUUUAAGUGCCACGGGUGAAUUCGUUUAUGCAGUUGGUGGUCAAUAUAGAGAAGGAGCGGCUCAAAGUUCUCUUGCAAGUGUGGAGAGGUACGAUCCAAAGACGAAUACAUGGACAAACGUCAGUCAAAUGCAGUGUCGCAGAAGUUUACUAAACGUCGCUGCUUUGGAGGGAAUGUUGUAUGCGGUGGGUGGCUGUGACGAAAAUAAUCUCCGCCUUCACACCAUGGAAAGAUACAAUCCGUCAACAGACACGUGGUCAUUCGUUCCGCCAAUGAGCACUUGUCGAAGUAGCCCCUGCGUCAUUGGAGAUAAGUAUCUUUACGUGAUUGGUGGAGUUAGCUACGUUGGAAUUGCACUUAACACUGGAGAAAAGUUUGACCCUCACACGAAUACUUGGAGCAAGCUAGCACCAAUGACCACAAAGCGCGCAAGUGCUUGUGGUGCCGUUGUCAAUGGAAAAAUAUACGUCAUAGGUGGCUGGGACGGUACAAACCAUUUAAAUAGCGGUGAAGUAUUUGACACGGAGACUGAAACGUGGAGUCAAAUAGCGCCAGCUAAUUGUGCUAGGUGGGAUGCAGGAAUAGCUGUCGAUGGUGAUAAAAUAUUUAUUGUUGGCGGUUGUGAUAGAAAUGCUGUUUGUACACUUGAAACUGAAUGUUACGACUCUGUUAAAGACACAUGGACUCGAGUUGCCAGCCUGCCGGUUGCGACUCACGGCUUGAAGUGUUGUACCGUUCAACUCCCGAGCAAAUUUGUUUAGAUUUUAAAGCUAUCUUAUACUCACGUUCUCACACCCUCACACUCAAGAUUCCGCCACAGUUAUUCACCGACAGAGUUGCUGUCGUCCUCUAAGAGGCCCCCUUUCUCAAUACAACCUCGUUUAGAGCUGUUGUGCGAGAUUUGUGUAUUCAAACUUUAGUAUUAGUAAAAUAAGUUCCAGGUGAAUAUGCUUUUAAUCUUGUAUUAACAGUAUCUUCAGUUUUGUUUCUGUAAGAAUUAGGUACCAGGGUAAAACUUUAAAUUCAGCAAAAGCAGUCGUAACACAGAAUAGGAAUUAGGCAGAAGAGAAAAUCCUGCCCAUCAGGUGAAACUUGGAGAUUCUAGCGCAUGCGUUAACUUAUACGAGGCUUAGCAUGUAUAUGUCAUGAAUUUUUUGAAAAAAGGAAAGUAGACAACUUUAUCGAGAUGAAAUGACCCUUAUUUUAUAUCCUGACAUUUAUAUCAUAAUUUGUUUACUAUCUGAUAAAUGAACGAUGAUUUGUCAUUGCUUAGUUCCUCUAAUGAAAUCGAGGUUAAAGGGAAAUUAAGAAAUACUAUAGGUGAUUCAGGCUUCAAAAAUAAUAAAGGAACCGAUUAGAGUUACCCUUCUGCCUAUUUCCUAUUCUGUGGUCGUAUGUGCAAGAUAUCAUGUUCAUAGAACUGCAUUUAGUUAGGUUAACAUGAAAGAGAGCUUAGCAAAGACAGCUUAAGUGCGAGAGGUAAGAACAGAGGUAAGAGCUUUGCUCGAAUUCUCCAAGUUGUUGCUAAGUGUCUGUACUUAGCAUUUUAAUACGCUAUACACCCCCAUUUCUGUUUUCAAAUGGCUUAUGCUAUGCCCAAUUGUUGCUGUUUUGAUAGGCAUAUCUUUUGGCUGCAAAGACGGGGAUGCUCAUUCUACAGAGACUUUCAUUCGUUUGUCACCCCAUCAAGUAUUCACAAUGCAUCAACAAUCUUUAUUGGAAAAUGAUUUUGAUGACUUCACUUUGAACAGAAUGAUAGCGACUAAGUUAAGUGGAAAACACCACGCUAGGAGUGAAGAUGCGUGAAGAUUGAUGAUUAGGACCCCUUGUUACACUUUUAGGCGGGUUUUCUCUUGUGUAAAUACAGAGCUUUAGAAAAAAUGUGAAGCAGAUCGGCUAUUUAUCUUAUUUGACUGCACGAAAGAUUUCAGGCUAUCUAACCAUUGUAGAAUUUAGUGACAGAGCAAUCUAACAACUGUACAAAAUAGAAUAACUUUUGAUAAUAUCCCGUUUUAAUAAGAGACAGCCUUAUCAAAUUUUAAACAAGAUAAAGAGAGACAGAAAUGUAUAUUGUCUCGUUUAUUACUAAAUUUUAACAGAUUAUUCCAGUAUAAUGCAUAGAUUGACGAAAAGUAGAAACAGUUCCUUGCGUUAAGGUUUUGUUUAUCACUUAGCGAGUUUUUCUUUUAUUGUUACGUGCUUUUAAUAGUAGUUUCGUCCAAAUAAACAUCUGAAAUAUUGUUAAAAAGAUGAUCCAUAAUUUGUUUUGCAGUUUUAUCUUAUUUGUCGUGUAAUUAUUUGGUAGUGCUCACGAAAGCAUUUUAUCUAGUAACUGUAGAAGUGAGCAGACAAAUUUGUUAAUAGCGAAACUUUCUAGAGUUGUAUACAAACAUAGAAUAAGCGAUACUAGAUACUGUACAUGCUAUUGUCCAAUAAAUACCCAAGCGAAACCAUGUUUCUGUUUUUUGGGUUUCAAUGAUUUUCCUGUUUAAUUUGGCAUACACACGACUUUUGAAAAAGUGCAUUCGGCAAAACGACGAACAGAAGAGAAGUUCAGGAUAUAAAAGAUUGGGACAGAUUAAGUCAGGUCUCA